UGACAACAUUCAGCUCCUCCGCCAUCCCACUUUCUGAUUGGUUUGUUAUAUUUUGGACUUUGGCAGCAUUGCACAUCAUCGGUGUUGACAAAGACAAUAUAAGAGUUGGAUUCCUCUGUUUGCAGUUUGAGGUGGAGAUGCUUCGCUCUCAGGUGCAGGUACUUCUUGUGGCUUUGUUUUCCUCUGUGCUGCUGGUGCAGGUCAACGGUGCUCCACGCAGAGACAUGCUGACAGAAACACUGAGAGCAGACCUCGCAGACAACAAGGAUCUCGCUCACUUGCUCUUGCUGAAGUUUGUGUCCGCACUUAUGGCGACGAGAGGAGAUGAGAUGCUCCCCGAGUUAGACGAUGAGGAGGUGGGAGUCAGGGAGGUGAUGCGCCGACAUCUUCCCCUCUCCCAAAGGGAGCGCAAGGCAGGCUGCCGUAACUUCUUCUGGAAGACGUUCACCUCGUGUUAACACAAGACAAGAACUGUUCAAGCUGGAGUAUUUUUGUUUAAGGAUGAAUUUAUCCAUGUUUGCUCACUUUGUUGUAACUUCAUCAUUUACUGCAAGAUGCCAAAUAUACAUGUCUUUUGGCAGUUGUAAACAGUAAUAAGGUUGUGUGUUUUGAGAUUGGCAGGGAUGCACAUAGUGUGUAAAAUAAAAUUUAAAAGGGUAUGUUUGUCAAGCGAUAUCCUGAUUUCUCUUGUUUGUCUUCAAGGGGUAUUCCAGUGAUUUUAGUACUGCACUUCCAUAAAGUUUGGAGACUUACAAGAGAUACAUUUAAACAAGAAAUGUCUAAAUUGAAUAGCAGGGUCUGCAUGAUCCUACAUUUCCCAUAAUGCAACUCAAUAAUUGCAUAUUUUGUCAGAACCUUCCUGCCAGGUGAAUGUCUUUCAGACUCCACACCCCAAGCUUUGCCGCAGGCAUUUUGCUCAAAAUUAGUCACUCCCAAGCCCAAGCCAGAAUAACCCUGAUGAUAUCACUAUGACAUCAUCAGGGUUGUUGUUUGUUUUUUCCCCAGAGUUUAGAAAGCCACAGAAGACAUUCAGGCUAAAGAUUAUUCUCUCUGACUAGUAAUGUGUCCAUUUUACGUUUUGAACAUGCGAUGUUUGUAUAAAAAGUGACAAACACACCUAUGGACUUGUUGACAUUUUAAUAAUCAAUUAUGUUACUACAACCUGUAUUAGGAUGUGUUCACAUGCUCUCCCAUGAAUGUAACUAACUGCCUUCUUCUCAGUGUGAAUUCAUCAGUGCUGCAGUACCAGCUUUGCUCUACAAGCUCCAACACACAGCACUGCAAACUGAACACACAUAAAGGAGGAUAAGUGGAUGAGUGUGUAACGGAAACAAAAUGAUGCGAUUCAAGCAGUAUGACACAAGAGUUCGCAUGGGUCAAGAUUUUUAAAUUGACACAUCUGAGCAUGAAUGAAAUGAUGACCGUGAUGAUAAAAAGCAGAUGAAUACAGUAUAUACAUAAUGAGAUAAAUUAAUAAGAGAUGAAAAUGCAACUCUGAACCGUUUUAGCAUGAUCAAGUUCUGUCACACACAAAAAAAGCAUAAUUCACAGAAGAAAAAAAAACAGGUUAAAAAAAUCAUUAUGAAACUGUAUGACAUCCUUGAGGUAAGGCUUUCAAAUUUCUAGCCCUUUAGGUUACACAAAUACAAAAUCAGGACGGAGAGACAGAGGUCAGACACAAUCAUAACAAAUAAUGUAGCUCCAAAGUCUCAGAGAAUGACAACUUGGCCCAUGCGAGUGCAAGGAUGAACAAAAAUCAAAUUAGCAAGUAAAGGGUUGUAUUUCAAAAUCACAAUAAAAUUUUGGGAUAAUAAUACAUCACGUUAAAUUCCACUUUUAUUUCGUCAAAUGUAAAGAAUUAACAGUAUGUAAAAGUAUUUGUAAAGUAAAUUAAUUUUCCACUAUACUUUUAAAUUCAAUAUAAUUUUAGUUUCAUACUUUUCCCAAAUGGCACAACCUCUUCAUGAGGCUCAAGCUUCACACAAUAGGAUGUUUUCAAGCCACAUAAGUGACCAACACCCUGUUUUCCUUAGACAGAAGAAAGCAUUUGACUUCAUUGCACCAUCAUCUUCAAUGUAACAGUCAAGUAUCAACCAACAAACAAAUGUUAAACACACCAAAGCAAGAUUGUGUUUUUCGUAGACAUUCAAAAAUGUUUUUCUGGAUGAUUAAAAAAAAAAAGAAAAAAAGGCAAAAAUCCUGUUAUGAGCUUCAAUUUAAUAACUAAACAACAUGAUAUUGUAAUGUUUGAGAGUAGAGAUGAAUGAGAAAUUCGUUCUAGCAAAUGCUGUACUUUAAUAAAAGCUAAAGAAAAAAAAAA